AUGCCAACUUCAAUCGACGUAGAACUCAUUUUACGUACCAUUGACGAAGCUGGCCCAGAAUGGCAACAAAAUUUUAAAACAACUCCUCAUGAACUAACGUAUGCUAUUGGUGAACUAUUCCAUAAUUGUACACAAGCUUUAAUCCAAUUAUCAAUCCUCGCUGACGACAACGAUCAAGUGAAACAGGAUCGACUUAAUGCCGAACGCAUUGUAUUAAAACUAAAAGAACUUAGGCACUUUUUGGGUGACUUAUGGCCACCAAAUACAGAUAGUUUUGGUAGAGAUAUAUUUGAUGUUGGUCCAUAUCAUGUAGAAGCAGGGGAAUUUUUUCAUCCUGUUCCAUUUUAUCCGGGUGACGAUUUCAUAAUGAAAUUAUAUCGAUGGUCAGUUUAUGAUACAAAUAGAACAGUUGUUUAUCGAUAUUAUUUGGAAAGAAGUGAAAUGACUCCUGGAGAGCCAUACUAUGUUCUAGGAAAAUCUUACUCAAAUGGACAUUCACAAAUUCAGCCAUAUGGAGCAACUGCACCAGAUUAUAAUCAAAUGAAAAUCCAUGUGAUGAAUGAUUUAAAUGGUCAAGGACCUUCGCCGGUAAUCUCAUAUUCUUAUCAAAACUGA